AUUCACUCAAGGUUUCUUAAAUUUGCACUAGGCACUUGUGUUGUUAUUCAUAUUAGACUUCACAACAAAUGUAUUUAUACUCUAACAUUUUAUAUAGAUUUAUUUUAAUUAUUUGAAUUAUAAGAGCAAAGUGUUAUUAUAAAAUUAUUAUUGACUUCAAAAAUUGAAGUUCCAAAUUUUCAAGAGCCAUCAGCCUCCAACAGCUGAUCAGUUCACUCAUCAUGAAGUGGAUGAACAGUUGCUUCAAGCUUGUAUUUUUGUUGUGUUUUUGUGGUGUGUGCCAUGUGCUGUGUGCUGGCACGAGGGUUGUAGAGCUCAGCGAUAGGUUCCUUGAGCUCAGAGGUGACUCCACAUGGCUCAUAAUGUUCUAUGCUCCCUGGUGUGGACACUGCCGCAAGCUGGAGCCUACAUGGGGACACAUUGCCCAGGCACUCUAUGGCACUCAGAUCCGUGUUGGGCGUGUUGACGCCACACGCUUUACAGCCUUUGCUGCCGAGUUUGAAGUGCGUGGCUUCCCCACUAUCAUCUUUUUGCGGGGCAGCGAGCGUGCAGUGUACCAGGGUGACCGCACCACAGCUGACAUCGUGGGGUUUGCACGCCGAAUGUUGGGUCCACCGCUACCACACGUCACUGAGCUGCCUAACCUGCCCUUCAUGCCCACCGCCACCACGGGCCGGGAGAAGGAGGAGGGAGGCAUAUUUGUUUAUGCUGGCCCCAAGGAUGGCGAGCUUUGGUCAGUGUAUUCUUGGCUAGCAGACGAACACCGCUACUACCACUACUUCUACACCAUGGACGAGGAGCAUCUUGAUAAGCUAGUUGGGCGCCCACUGACCUACCCUGCAGUCGUGGUGCACAAGGACGGCUCGAACAGCCUCUACCCAGGUCCUGAAGGCGAGGGCGUGAACGCGUCGCUGAGUCGCUGGGUGCUCCACGAACGCUUCCCUCACUUCAUGAGGUUCACAGGCUCCAGCCUCGCGCAGGUCUUCAAGGGCAGCAAGAACAUCGCUAUGGUGGUGGUGGGGGAGAGCAAGACUGGACUUCUCACCACGGAUGAGACAGCCGAACAUUAUGUUGAUGGCUACAAGUUUCGUGACAUGCUCCAGACAAUCGCACGAGAAGACAGGAAUAAAUACCAUCAACACUUCCAGUUCGGGUGGACGGGCACACCUCACCUCGCCAAUAAUUUGGUCAUGACGCGCCUGCCGCUGCCGUCCCUAGUCGUGAUCAACACAACGACGCUCGUGUGCUACGUGCCUCCUGAGCCCUCGCACGACCUCAACCACGACCUCACACGGCUGUUCCUCGACGCCGUUCUUGAGGGCACAGCUGAGGGCCGAGGUGGCGACUCGUAUGCUCAUCGAGUGCAGCGAGCAGUGCUGGGGGCUGCAUGGAGCCUGCAGGAGAUGUGGCAAGGUAACCCGGUGCUGACGACACUUCUCUUCGGCCUCCCUAUGGGCUUCCUGUCCCUCAUCCUGUACUCGGUGUGCUGUGGAGACAUCAUGGACGCUCCCAUGGAUGAGGACGAUGAAGGCGAGGGCGUCGAGGAGUACGAGAGAAGGCUUGCUAGAGACAUGGAUCAUGAGAAGAAGGACUGAAGAGAGUGAGUGCUUGGAUGACAUUGUCAGUUCCCUCCGGCCAUCACUUCCUGUGUUACGCUUCUUUCUAUUGGCCAAUUUCUCGGAACCAAAAGAGGUUGUUGAUAAAUUUCAAUCUGCUACGGGCUGAACUGAAAUUUGAUCUUCUUGAAAUCGUACAGCUGCGUAGAUAUAUUUACUGAUCUCUCCUGGUCUCGAUGGUUAUUAGCGUUUAGCAAGAAUUAGUUCAUCAAUGGAAAUAUAUUCUGGAUAAUAUGAUAUGUCAAGCUUUGUGCAGUGAAGGCUGAGUAUUUUCAGACAUGACGGUCAUGCGCAUGUUGGAAGCAUUAUUAUUAUUUUACGACGUAAUUCCUUUGGGCUUGGUGGAAAAGCGUUCCGGCUUAUAGACUGUAAUUUAUGCUUAGCUUCAUUACAUAUGCUAGUCAGAUUUGAAAGUGUUACUUUUACUACACUGCUGUUAAGAUUAGGAGAUAUAAUUUUAUAUUAGUUAAUUUAGGCCUAAACUUCUUAUUUUACUUAACAAAAGAGUUCAUUUGUAUGUCCAUCAAUGCUAUGUUUGCAAUUUUUUUCUUGAUUCACUUUGCGGCUACAGGCUUUUACUGUUAAAUGUGGACAGAAUCAAAUAGAAAGUUUAUACUUUCUGCUAGAGUUCGUACAUUUGCAUAAAUUAACUGAUAGCACGACACAAAAAAAUUCUUCUUUACAUUUGAAUGUUGAGGAAAUGAGCUUAUUUGUAUAAUAGGUAGUUUUUUUUGCAUUCCGUGGCGCGAUGCGGCCUGUUAAUUAUUCAUAGAAUUUGUCAUUUAGUCUGCGUAGCUGAGGCUAUACCACGUAGAUUUGCUACAACAUUGAAUACAAGAUUAAUUUAUAUUUUCUUACUUUAUUUUAUUUAUAGUUGAUGUAGUUUGUAUAUCAAGGUACUGCUGUCUAAAGAGCGAAACUCUUCACGCGUUUUUAAAUAGUGUAAAAAUUUUCGGUAGUACAGAAAUGUAAUAUCCUAGGAAAUUUAGUAUUAACGCCUGUGAGUGUUUGUGUUACCUGUAAUAAUUUUUUGACAUAAUUUUUUGCAGCUGCAAGCGAUGUAGUGGGGGUUGCAUAGUAUUGGUAUUCACAUGACCGCAGACAUUAUUUAACGGUCGUCUUGGAAUGGCUAAGAAUUUUCUAGGCCUAUUGAGGCUUUUCUGUAGCAAUUGUGUAACAUCGUCCCGAGGAGCGUGGUGGAUUGAAGCUGCAAAAAAUUAUUUAUGGCUUUGACGCAACUUAAGAAGUAGCUACCGGGUUUUCCGUUAUUGUUUUGCGUCAGUUAUACUCUGAUUGUUUCCAAGUAUAAUGCAUUGCCAGAACUCAUGAUCUCAAUAAAGUUGUGAACAUUUGUUU